GUGAGGUGUUGCCGUGAUAUCAUGUUUCAAAUGUCUUUAAUUUUCAUUGAGAUUUACGUGAAUAUAAUCUUAAUAUUAUAUCAUUAUUAGUGUAUAGACAAAAUUAAUUUUGUUUUAAAAUUACCAAAAAUUAAAAUGUUUACAAAGUUUGUUAAACAAGUAUUUGGAGAUGAAUGGUAACUUAAAAAUAAAAAAGUUUACAAAAUAUUCUUUGUAUCUUGUGAGAGACAAUUCAACUGCUCAUAAAGACAAAAGGUGAUGUUAGAUCGAUUGAAGACGUUCUUUUUUCAAUGCUUAAAUAUUAAAUCUUUAAAGUUUAUGAUCCACGAUUUUAAAGAUGACCAAUCAAAACAUGACAGAACAAAAAGAUUUUAAAGACGAUCGAAGUCAUGUUGCUGUUAUAGUUACUUUGCUUAUCUUUAUUAUGGUCAUUGCUCUCAUUGGAAACAUCAUCGUAGUAAUAGUAGUCACAAAAAAGAAGAGAAUGCAAACUUUCACAAACUGGAUGAUUUUAAACUUAUCAAUUGCAGAUUUGUGGGUAGCUCUUUUAUCGAUACCAUUAGAUAUUCCAAUGGAAUUAAAUAACCAAAGGUGGAUAUACGGAAAGACACUUUGUUCCUUAAUUUAUCCUUUGCAAACAUCCUCAGUGUAUGGUUCAGUCUUUACUCUUGUAGCGCUAAGUCUUUCAAGAUUUUGGGCUAUUGCAAAGCCAUUUAAACGGCAGCCUAAUAUAUUUGCCGCCAAAGUCAUAAUAGCCGCUAUAUGGUUUUGUAGCUUAGUUGUUGUUAUCCCUUACAUGCUAGUCUUGAAAUAUAGUGAAACCAAUGGUGUACAAAGCUGUUCAGAAAACUGGACAGAUAAACAAAGGAAAACAUACACAAUAGCUAUAUUUGUAUUCCAAUAUGUGUUCCCAUUGAUGGUUAUAAGUAUUGCUUACACUUACAUUAUCCGCGAGCUAUGCUCUCAAAAAAACGGAGAAAAUAACAACUGCAGAAGGAAACAACAAGAAUCAAAAAAGGUUGUAAAACUUCUUUGUAUUAUUACAUUGGUAUUUGCAAUUUGUAUUUUACCGUAUCAUAUUUUUGCUCUAUGCGUCGAAUUCGGGAUUUUAAACAGGGAGAGCAAUUAUAUUUUAAACCUAACUUGUUAUAUUUUUUUAUAUGCACAUUCGGCAAUCAAUCCUUUUAUAUACAAUAUUUUCAACACAGAGUUUCGAGAUUCGUUCAAAGAGCUUUGUAAGGCGUUGUUACAUUUUUUGUUCAACUAUAAAACAAUGAAUGGGAAUGCAUAUGUUUCAAGAAGUAGGCUCAGUUAUUUACCUGGCAACAGGCUAUCAACCAUAAGUACUAAUACUAUUAUUAGAGUAAGAUAUAGCAAGUAUUUUGCUGAUGAUAACAUGGAACUAGAAAACACAUUUUUGGAAGAUGAUUAAAUAUUACAAUUAUCACUCAAAUAAAAUAUGUAUUUAGUAGAAUAUGUAGAUUUAUAAAUUUUA